AUCAGUCACAAAAAAGCAGUCGAGCCGAGCAGAAGCAAAGCAGCAAAGCAUAAGCAAGCAAAAGCAAGACAGUCAUUGACAUAAAGACAAAACCAAAAAGAACAAGAACAAAAAUCACAGACAUUGUGUUCUAGAAAGUGAAGUGUUAAGAUCUUAAAAGAACCACAAAUUUACAUAAAACAAAAAAAAACAGUGAAUCAAAUAGCUGGAAUGGCCACCUUAUCGACACACCCCAAUUACGGUUUCCAUUUGGGUCAGGCCCAGGGAUUGGAGGACUACGCCCCACAGGGUCAGCUUCAGCUGAGUCCCGGCAUGGACAUGGAUAUCAAAAGAGUGCUACAUUACUCCCAGAGUCUGGCGGCCAUGGGUGGUUCACCCAAUGGACCCGCCGGCCAGGGAGUGAAUGGAUCUUCGGGCAUGGGUCACCACAUGUCCAGUCACAUGACCCCACAUCACAUGCAUCAGGCGGUCUCCGCUCAACAGACCUUGUCCCCGAACAGUUCCAUUGGAUCCGCUGGCAGUUUGGGCAGUCAAAGUAGCCUGGGCAGCAAUGGCAGUGGCUUGAACUCCGGUUCGGCUCACCAAUCCGCUGGAAUGCACAGCUUGGCCACAUCACCUGGUCAGGAGGGUCACAUCAAGCGACCAAUGAAUGCUUUCAUGGUCUGGUCCCGUCUGCAGCGUCGUCAGAUCGCCAAGGAUAACCCAAAGAUGCACAAUUCUGAGAUCUCUAAGCGUCUGGGUGCCGAAUGGAAAUUGCUGGCAGAGUCAGAGAAAAGGCCAUUCAUCGAUGAGGCCAAGCGUCUGAGGGCCCUGCACAUGAAGGAGCACCCAGACUACAAGUACCGCCCACGCCGCAAGCCCAAGAACCCACUGACCGCUGGACCCCAGGGUGGCUUACAGAUGCAGGCCGGCGGCAUGGGUCAACAGAAGUUGGGAGGUGGACCGGGUGCCGGAGCUGGAGGCUAUAAUCCAUUCCAUCAACUGCCACCAUACUUUGCCCCGUCACAUCAUCUGGAUCAGGGCUAUCCGGUGCCCUACUUUGGAGGAUUUGAUCCGUUGGCUCUGUCGAAACUUCAUCAAUCUCAGGCAGCGGCGGCGGCGGCGGUUAAUAACCAAGGUCAGCAGCAAGGACAAGCCCCACCUCAGUUGCCACCCUCCUCCCUGAGCAGCUUCUAUUCGGGCAUAUACUCCGGCAUCUCGGCACCAUCUUUAUAUGCCGCCCACUCAGCCAAUGCCGCCGGACUCUACACAUCCUCGUCAACCUCCUCGCCAGGAUCCUCGCCCGGUACCAUCACACCCAAUGGCAUGGAUGGCUCCAUGGACAGUGCAUUGAGGCGACCGGUACCGGUGCUCUAUUAGAGCCGCGAUUUAGGUUAGAGUACAGAGUAGAGUACAAUUGUUGAAGCAUUCCCAAAGUGAUCCACUGGUUUUAAAUCUUCAAAAGCUCUAAGUAAGCCAAUCCUCCAAACCACUCCGCUUAAUUCUAGUACAAUCUUUGCGCACUUCAGAUCUAAGAACUAAGUAAAAAAAAGAAAAAACAAAAACAAAAACAAAAAACACAUUCCUAGCCAAUACACACAACCACAAACUAUAAACUAUAAUUUAUUUAGCGCACGAGAAACAAGUAAGAAAACGUGAAAAACAAGAAAAACAAAAACCUAAUUGUAAAUUAAUUUUAUUUAGUUUUAAGCAUUGAGAGAGCGUUUCCUUCUUGUUGUUUUCUUUCCUCAUCAGCACUAACUUUAAACGUAGCUACUAGUUUUUAAUGUCUCAACCCUCUCAAAUUGUAAAUAUCCCAGCCAAUUUCGUUAUAGUGUCCAGUGUAGAGCCCAGGUAAAUGCGAGGAAUUAAGAACGUACAUCAAUGUAUUAUUGUAUUAUUAAUUGUAUUAAAAACUAAACGUUAUUAUCUAAGCAACAAAAAUGGUUCAUCAGAGAGCCAGACACACACAAAAACAAAGACAUUUAAAAAUGAAUAAAAAACAAAAUAAUUUGAGAAAACUAAA